AGGUGCUUUCUUACUAUAACCAUUCAGUCUUCUUCUUGUGUCAAAGAUGCAGGUUGUCAGUGGUGGAAAAUUACUUUGGAUAUACACUCUGCUUUUUACUUCUCGACAACUUUGGGGAAGACUAUCAGCUUCCACUUCCUCUCCCACUCUUCUGGCACCUGAAUUAGACAUUUAUUUAAGGUCAAAGGACUCAGUGGUUCUGGUCUGCCGGACCCCGGAGGGCCACCGCGGGGUUCUGUUCAUGUUGUAUCGGUUAAGAGAAAAGGUGGACUCUCAGGAGCUGCAGUCUGGUGGUGAGGAGGUCCGGUUCACUGUGAGGAUAGAGGAAGGGGAACGUGAACUCUUCUGCUGUCUGUACAAGCACCAGGAUGGUCGUUACAGCGCAUUCAGUCCCUAUUUGCAGCUGGAGCCCCAAAAACAUGCGUUGCCAGUGCCCACCCUUGUUCUCCAGCAGCAGACAGACGUGUGGCACUUGCUCUGCACAGGGUCUCCUGCAUACCCGGGCUCUGUGUUCUCCCUCUACUUGGCUGAUAAUGAACUUCCUAUUGCCACUCACCAUGCCACCUUGAUCCACCAUCAGGCCAACUUCCCAGUGCCUGUCCAGGACACUCUAGUGGCUUUGUACCAGUGCCAGUACAGUGUCCUCCUGGAAAGAAAAUGGAUACAUUCUGAUCGCAGCCUCCCUUUGGCUGUAACCAGAGGAAGUCCUCCUCCAUCAUCACCAGAUUUGUCUGGCGUGGACUGGCCUCUUGUACUGGGCUCUUUCUCUGCUGUGGUAUUGUUCCUGUGUUCAGUGGCACUUGUGGUUGUGGUGGCACACAGGAAAGUAAAAGCAGCAGCCGAGGAAAAGAAGAAAAGACAGGAAGCACAGUUCUGGACUCAAGUUCAUGCCAAGGACCAUGUUGUUGACCUUACACUCAGGCGUACAAGCUUCACCUCUCAGGAAUGGGCCAAUGAGGAAGCAACUACAGAGACCGCCUCCAGAUCCCCUUUAUGGAACUCUCUCUCCACAUUCACAACCCCGAUUCAUCCGAUCCAUUAGAAAUGUUUGUUUUUUCUCUCCCUCUGUCUCUCUCUCUCUCUCUCUCUCUCUCUCUCUCUCUCUCUCUGUGUGUUUAUACUUUAUUCAAGAGUUUAUCAAUGUAGCAUCAGUUGGAGUUACACAGCAGGACAGGAAGGGCUAUUUCCUCAGUUCCUAUUUCAUGUGUACCAGUAAAAAUUGUACAAUUUGACAGGAUACGAUGUUUGUUUGAUCUUACAUGUUACU